AAGGUAUAAGAGGGAGAGGGACAUGGAAACGUAAAGAACAGUCUACUAGACUUCAGCCAUGCUUUGGAUCCUCAGCUGUCUUGCUCUUGUGGCCUCUGUCUGGGGUUGUGGAGUGCCUAGCAUCCCACCUCAGGUGAGCGGCUUGAAAAUAGUGAAUGGACAGAAUGCUGUGUCUGGAUCCUGGCCCUGGCAGGUUUCCCUUCAGGAUUCCACUGGAUUCCAUUUCUGUGGAGGCUCCCUGAUCAGUCAGAACUGGGUUGUCACUGCUGCCCACUGCCGUGUGACACCUGGCCGUCACCGUGUGAUCCUAGGAGAGCACGAUCGCCAAUCCAAUGCUGAGCAGCUCCAGAUCAAAACCAUAUCCAAGGCUAUUACACAUCCCUACUACAACAGCCAGACCUUUAACAAUGAUGUGACCCUACUGAAGCUGUCCUCCCCUGCCCAAAUCACCUCUCGUGUGUCCCCUGUGUGCCUGGCCUACUCCAGCACAUCCUUCCCCACUGGAACCCGUUGUGUUACCACUGGCUGGGGAAAGACAGGAACUACCUCAAGCCCCCGUAUCCUCCAGCAGGUGGCCCUUCCCCUGCUGAGCUCUGCACAGUGCAAGCAAUACUGGGGCCAGAACAGAAUUACUGAUGCCAUGAUUUGUGCUGGCGCCUCUGGAGUGUCCUCUUGCCAGGGUGAUUCUGGUGGUCCUCUGGUUUGUCAGAGUGGCGGGGUGUGGUCUCAAGUGGGGAUUGUGUCCUGGGGCACCAGCAACUGCAAUGUGCAAACUCCUGCGGUCUACUCCCGUGUCUCCUACCUGAGAGGCUGGAUCGACCAGACGGUCGCUUCCAACUAAUCACAGCAGACCACAGCGGCAGUGUCUAUCUUUCCAUGAUCAUUUUAGUUAUUUAGCAGAGGCUCUUAGUCAGAGAAACUUACAGGAACAUUUAGGGUGAAAUGCAUUGUUCAAGGGCACAUUCUUACAUGUUGGCUCAAAGAUUCGAAUCAGCAAUCAUUCAUCACAGAACCUCUCUUUCCUGCCAAGUCUAAUGUGUGAUGACACACUGGCUUGGUCCAACUAGAUUUCCGAUUGGUUACUGACCUUUCAACGUGUCCCAAGCAUAGUAGCUAAUUUUGUUCUCACUGUCUAAUUGGUUCAAAUGUAAGUGAAAACAAUGAUUUAAAUAAAUAUGUAGAAAGACA